AUGGACUUUAACCUGCUUGAACCUCUAACUGAACUUGGUCGCUACUGCAUCCUCUCGCUAAAAUGCGGUCUCCAGGCGUGGAUAGGCGAGUGGAUGGCGUCUCGCAAGAAUCGAGACCAACUCGUCAUUGCGACCAAGUAUACCACCGAGUACAAGGCACAUGAGCUAGGAAAGGGAAAGACGCCUAACCACUGCGGGAACCACAAGAGGAGCUUGCAUAUGAGUGUGAGAGAUUCUCUGGCAAAGCUGCAGACGGAUUGGAUCGACAUUCUCUAUCUGCAUUGGUGGGACUAUACCACGUCGAUUGAAGAGGUGAUGAAUAGCCUGCACAUCCUGGUAGAGCAGGGUAAAGUGCUCUACCUAGGUAUCUCCGAUACUCCUGCAUGGGUCGUCAGUGCGGCAAACACUUAUGCAGUCGCCCACGGGAAGACACCUUUCUGCAUCUACCAAGGCCGCUGGAACGUCAUGCUACGCGACUUUGAACGAGAGAUUAUCCCAAUGGCCCACCACUUUGGCAUGGCCCUGUCGCCUUGGGACGUUCUCGGUAGCUGGAAAUUCCAGAGCAGGAAGCAAGUAGAGGAGCGCAACAAGAGCGGUGAACCUCUUCGAAGUCUGUUUAGUGGCGAUUCGAGCCAGAAUCAGACAGAAGACGAGAUACGAAUGAGUGACGCACUUGCUACCGUGGCAGCUGAGCAUGGAAUCGAGUCGGUUACUGCUGUCGCGCUCGCCUACUUCAUGGCCAAGGCACCCAACGUCUUCCCUCUUGUUGGUGGGAGAAAGGUCAAGCACCUACACGAUAAUAUCCAGUCGUUGAAGAUCAGGUUGACGGAGAAGCAAGUUGAGUACUUGGAGAGCGUGAAACCCUUCGAGGUUGGGUUUCCUGGCGAUUUCCUUGGACAGGAUCCAAAUGUAGCUGGGCACGCAGGGGGGCUGUUGGCCCAGUCUGCACCUUUGGCGUUUGUGCGAUCUUCUAAGGCAAUUGGGUAUGAGAACUGA